AUGGCGCAUCAAGACAACAACUUGGAUCCUCGGUCGAUUGAUUCAGACUUACAAGAUCCGACUUCAAUGACAAUUGAGUUUCUUCGUGCACGUUUGCUUGCUGAAAGAGCUGUUUCCAAGAGCGCAAGAGCAAAGCUUGAUGGGCUUGCUGAUAAAGUAGCGGAGCUGGAGGAACAGCUCAAGAUUGUGUCUUUACAGAGAAAGAAGGCAGAACAAGCAACUGCUGAUGUUCUUGCAAUCCUUGAAGAGAAUGGGUUUACUGAUGUCUCUGAUACUUAUGAUUCAAGCUCUGAUCAUGAAACCUACUCUCACACAAAUUCAGUGUCUGGCAAAAGCAUAUCCUGGAAAGGCCGCAGGAGAGAACCAGGUUCUUCCGACAAGAUCACGGAAAUUCGUAACAGGAGACAGAGAGUUUUUGACUCGGCUUACUUUUCCUCGGCUAGACAUCGUCAAGGAAGAUCUUGUCGACAGAUAAGACGCAGCGAAUCAAGGGUUGUAUCUGAAGAUCAUAAGAGAGAUGGUAAUACGGUUGAUUUUCAAGAAACCGGAGUUCGCACUGAAGGGCUUUCUAAAAUGAGCGAAGAAGCAUCCAGAACUGUUGUUGAUGUUACUCUUGUGAAAGGAGACGAAAGUUUGCAGAGGUUGUCAAGUUCAAACGGUUUAGAGAAGGGAAACAGUAUGGACAUGAACUUGGAGAGAGCGUUAAAGAACCGUGCACGAGUUAUCGGAUCUUUUGAAGAUAUGGAAGAGACUCAAAAGGAAUGGGAGAAAAAGUUCACAGAGAAAGAGAAUAAAUCCUCUGCCCUGGAUUCAUGUGACGUAGGAAACCAUUCAGAUGUGACGGAUGAAAGUAACGGAGACAAAGCCCAAUCUCAUCUUCAAGGUUCCUCAUUAGUUCCUUCCCUCCAUGACACUACAAGAUCUAUAGCCAAUGAAGUUGGCUUUAGGGAAUCAUUUGACACUUUGCCGCAUGGUUCGCCUAAUAAUUCAGUAACACCACCACCUGAUCAGUCCUGCAAAAGUUGCAUUUCCAAAUCUGUGGAACAAGAUGCUUCUCCUUCUGAAGACAAAGGAAAACGUAUUGCUGAGUGUUCCCCUCCUCAGAGCUGUAUUGAACCAGCUACAUCAACUACUCGGUCACCUCCUUUAACUCGACCAAACUCGGGAGGCGGUUCCUUUGCUAGUCAAGCCACUACUACCAUCCAGAAUGUAGAUUAUCCCUUAGUUCCAGUUGCAAAGGAGAAGUUUAAUCCUCCUGAUACGGUGCUCACUGCGCUAAAGCAAGCUAAGUUGUCUCUGCAAGAGAAAGUCAAUAGCUUACAUAUCAGAAAACCUGAGUAUCUUUCUGAAAGCUCCUGUCCUUCAACGCCAGGUUCCUAUAUGAACACAUACGCACUACCCAUAGAGGCACCAUUUGGUACCAAACCAUCUCUCCCUGCUUCUAACGUAGAAUUUCCUGUUGGCUGUGCUGGACUUUUUCGAGUACCCUCUGAUUUCUCACCUGAUCCAUCAACGAGGAACAACUUUCUAGCUACGAGGUCUCAGAGAGCUCUGGUCAGCCAUAUACCUGAGCGAGACAUUCCCCAAUUACUAGACACCAGUCCUCCUUUGUCAAUGGAUGAUCGCCUUUUAACCACCCCUCCUUACAUCGGUGGACCAAAACUAUGGGCAGGGUUCAGGCCAGAUGGUCAACCGAUGGUUGAUGCUCAAGAAUCCAGGCUCUAUAGAGGCUCAUCAAGUGUUUUAGGCAGUGAAAUCUCUGGAAGUAACCAAGUAUCCUCAACUAGCUUCAACUUUGAUAGACAAGUAAGUACAUAUACUCCCAUGUCACCUACUCAGAGCUUGUAUCCUCCUGAUUCAGUUAUGCGUAGUAGAGAAAUGUAUUCGACUCCUUAUUACACACGCCCGGUUGCUCUGCCUCCUACUGGUGGUUCUGGUGACGGCUUGUUUAGGUGA